AUGUUUCUUCAACGCAUGGCUGCUGCCAACUUGCGGUUUCCCGAAACUGUUCCAUCUGAGCGUAACGUUCCUGAGUCUUCAGAGACCCUAGCACCCUGUGAUAUUCCUACAUUGGACGAUUUGACGCUCCGGUUUGAUGCUCUGAGAGGUGUGGCCCAUCCAGACCAAGUUCCUUCUCAAGAAGAGCUUGAGGAACGUUUGCGCAAACUAAAAGAGAGGGAUUUCGUGCAAAUACCAAAGACCGAUGAGCCUCUUCCCUCCGAUAAGAUGGAUCUUUUAAUAAAACAAUUAACUGAUGAGGCAAAAAUCGAUAUGCGCGCUGGUUAUCACAGUGACGAAGCCAAAGAUAGUGCUGAUGAGCUUCCGUGGUGUUGCAUAUGCAACGAGGACGCUAACCUCCGGUGUGUCGAUUGCGAUGAAGACCUCUUCUGUCAUCCCUGCUUCCGCCGUAGCCACCGCAAUCGGGAGAUGAAAAGUCACCGAACCGAGCUUUACAGUCCGAAGCCUAAACUUAAACUCCCUUGA